GAUCCUAUUAGCAUUUUGAUGAGAUGGACAGGGUAAGAGCAAAAGAGGAGGCUGGGAGGUGUGUGUGAAAUAAAGGGGUAGGGGGAGAAGUCCUGACUUCCUUUGUCCUAACGUGAUUUAGCUCUGCAGGUAGCCAGUGUAGAGGUCAGCCAUACUGUGUGGGCCAGGGGAGGAGUCAUUUUUGGGACUGCACCUAUUCAAAUGUUCCAUGAGGUUGUCUUUAAAAGUGAGGAAGGAAAGACACAGAGUUAAAUCACCUUACAACACAAGAAGAAGCUACUUGUGGAUUAGACAGCAUCUGCAAACAUCUGGUUUCAGGACCCUCAAGUGAAAGUGAUUUGGGUUUGAGGACCAUGCUUAACAGAGUCAAGUUGGAAAUGAAGGACCCUAUGGAUUGGAAUAAUUUAUAUGUAGAAAAUGAGGCCUAUUCUGGACUACACACUAUGGGUACAGGGCUACCUAGCAACUCAUUCUUACCAGGUGAUGUAACACCAAGUAUUGCCUACAUGAAUAGCAGUCUUGCAGGGCCUGUGCCCAGUAUCCAGAGCAAUCUGAGUUCUCUUGGAUCUGUGGCACAGAACUUGGCAUCUCCAGCCUCUUCCUCAGCUUAUCCACUGGGUUACUGCCAGGGGGAGAGUGAUUACCAGAGGGACCCUCGGGCAUACCGCAGAAACUACUCCCAUGCCAAGCCACCUUAUUCCUACAUCUCUCUUAUUACCAUGGCCAUCCAGCAGUCAACAAAUAAAAUGAUGACAUUGAAUGAGAUCUACCAGUGGAUUAUCGACCUCUUCCCGUAUUAUCGGCAAAACCAGCAGAGGUGGCAGAAUUCAAUCCGACACUCACUCUCUUUCAAUGACUGCUUUGUCAAGGUUCCACGGUCACCAGAAAAACCAGGAAAAGGUUCAUAUUGGACCCUCCAUCCUGAAUCUGGCAACAUGUUUGAGAAUGGGUGUUACCUGAGGCGGCAGAAGAGAUUUAAAUGUGAACGACACAGGUCUGGGGAUGGAGAGAAAAAAACAGCCAAACCUGGUGAUGAGACAACAGUGAGUUUGAGGGAUUCUCCUCUUGGAUAUGAUGACUGCUCUGCAUCACAUUCACCUAAGGAUAUGGUCAGUAAUGGCGAGAGGGAAUCAACAGAAACAAAUGUAAGUCAACAAGCAAAAGUGUCCCCCGUAAAUUUCAGUCCUAAUUCUGAUCAAGUUGGAUCAACUUCUCAGCUUUGCUACCCCCCUCUGAGCCUCUCUAGUGAUAGCUUCCUCAGCUUGGUUGGUGAUGAUACCCAGAUCAAGCAUGAUUUGUACUCUAGUAGACAUCCAUUCUCCAUCACCCAACUGAUGUCCAGUGAGCAGGAACAGACAUACCCCUCCAAAAUGGACUUGUGUCCCACCUCCGAGCACCUUCCCCACUACCCCAACUUUAAUUCUGACUAUCACAAUAUGACAGUCAGAAAUGGGCUGGAAAUGCCAACGUCAACCAAUGAAAAUAACUAUUAUGCCAACAUGUACUCUCGGCCUAUCCUCAGCUCUCUCUAAUAAACAGACUUUUUAGAUAACAGGUGUCUUCCAAAUUGUUGCUAAACGGAACCUCCACAUUUUAUGUAGCUUCUGAAUAAGACUAUAAGUUUAGGAUCCGUAGAGAUUCUGAAGACGCAGUGAUAGUGUAAUGUGUCACUCAGCUGGAUAACAAAUAUAAAAUGGGAAUUUGUGCAAAAAAUAUUUAUGCUAUUAUUGGCACUGUGCUUAUAGAGAGUAAUGUUCUUCUCAAUUUGUCAAAUCCAGAACUUAUAUUAAAUGGCUCAUUGGUGCAAUACAAACUGUUAUACAAAGGAAAACUGUUAGUUAUCUGCUUCUCAGUGCAAUGACCUGGGGACAAAAGAACAUUUGUAUUUAUUAAGAGAAAAAUAAAUAAAGAAUAUUUAGAAAAUUUGCUGAAAAACUGUAAAUAAAUAUUACAUGGGCAUAUCUGUGUCUGAAGGGACAAUGGCGCGUUCCCAAUUCCUGCUGUAAAAUAAAUUAUUCAAUUAAAUAAGAAAA